AUGGCCUUCACGCGAGAUUCAACACUCACAGAGGAAAGCGAGAUGUUGCUAGAAAGUCUAGAAGGACAGGCACCUCCUCGAAACCGCGGCCUCUAUCGCGAUUCCAUGUUUGUGCUCAAAGAUAUAGUCUUACUUGUCCUUGCCAUUCCUACCCUCUUCAAUUUAUUCGAGCUGGUCUUACAAGACCGGCAAAACCAUAUUCGUCAGAAACCACAAUCCACUCCUUCACUGCCUGGUUGCAAUUGCGGCAACUCAGUCGCCCAAGCUCUGCAGCUAAACUGCAGGUAUGACACCUUAGCAGCAGCUUGGCUGCCUGAUCACUGCCGCGACGACGAGUUGACCGAAUUGUUCAAUCACUCCGGCGACGGCCCAAAUGGAAGUUGGACAUACUGGGCGGAUUUUGAACACACUCAGGAACUGAGCGUUGGUCAGCUGGGGGCACUCGCAGACCUUCCCGAGGGCGGAGUGUUCUAUAUGACACAUCGCUGGCACCUUGUUCACUUUCAUGACGAACGCUUUGAAAGUGUGACUAAAGCCCACAAUGCUACCUUCAACUGGCUAUUGGCUAACGAAAACACGGCCAACUCGGUGGAUGGUACGUGCAAACACCUCGACAAGAACUUGGUCCAAGCCAAGCAGCAAUUCGUACAGUGGCUUGAAGCUGGCGAGGAUUUCUUCUACAUAGCUGGAAAGCCAGGUGCGGGCAAAUCAACGCUCAUGAAAUUCAUCUGCAGCCAUAUCAAUUUCUGCCGCCAUUUAAGGGUCUGGGCCGCCGGAUCAGCACUUCUCGUAGGCAGAUUCUUCUUUUGGAAGCCUGGACAGCCAGAGCAGAAAAGCAUCAAUGGGUUGCUUCGCGGGUUGCUAUACUCUAUUCUCGAGUCUAGCCCUGAUAUUACCACGACUGCUUUCCCAGAGCUCUGCGAAGGACUUCGCAGCAACCGUUUGGGGCCAAAUCCAAUCCAGGACCAGGAUGUGGAGCGGGCGUUCGAGAACAUACUGGCUAAAUCCAAAGUUACAAACAGACACAAAGUUGUGUUGGUUAUUGACGGGCUAGACGAAUUUGAAGGCAACCACGCGGAUCUUCUCGUGAUCCUCAAAGCUUGGGCUACGAAUUACCGGCCCAUAAUCAAGAUUUGCGUGUCUAGUCGUGAGUACGGCAUAUUCGAGGAGUUCUUCUCAGGCUAUCCCAAAUUACGUCUACAUGAAUUGACAUGUGACGACAUGGCUCAGAUGAUAACCUGCUGGCAAACACGCGAGGAGCUAUUCUCUUCUUCAACCUGCGAGGAAGCAAAACUCAUAAAAGACCUCAUGAUCAAACAGGCUGAAGGCGUGUUUUUAUGGGUAAUCAUGGUGAUUGCAACAAUCGAAGAUGCCUUGCUAUCGCGUGAUAUAACCAACGCCAGCGAGAUUCGUCGGAAAAUACGACUCUGCCCAUCUGAAUUAGACGACCUGUUUCCGCAUCUGUUGCAGUCCGUCACUGCAAAUCACCGUACCUGGGUGUAUAGGGCUAUUUCCUUGGUACGGUUCGCUCAGUUCCAGGUUCCAGGGCUAUUGCGGUCAAGCCAAGCAUAUCACGGAGUAGGUCUUUUGGAUCUGAUGCUGCUUGACGAGGCAUCACCAACUUGGAACUUGUCCACAUUCCAGCCACGGUCCGACACGAAAGCUUUAGAUAUACAACUGCGCUUAGAGAACGCUCGCAAAAGAAUUAUCAGUCACUGUAAAGGCUUCCUUAGUAUUGCUAGCAUCGCCGAGGCUACUUUGUGGCCCGCAAACGGCGACGAGCGAAUGUACGCUGCUCUCACACACCGCUCUAUCGUCGAGUUUUUGAGUUCGGACACAGCACUCAGUCAGAUGAGUACGUACCUGGCUGACUUCGAUCCUUUUUUCGCGCUUUUUUCAACCGUUUUGGCCUGUCUUCGCUUUCUGCCUCCGUCACAUUAUCCAUUGCUCAAGCCCAAGCAAGAUAUUCCUCAACGGGAAUGUUUGGAAUUGAUUGAUAUACUCGAGGAUACCCUGCAGACCCGGCUGAAGGAGCUGAUCAGAUGCGGCGCUCUGCUGGGUCUAUCGGGAUCCCCGAGAUUCCUUAGCCUAAUCGAUGCUAUAGGGGAUGCGAUCAAGCGGCACCUCACAAUACAGCUGGCCAUCCAAGAAGUGCGUCUCCCAGUCACCAGCAGGUCUCCGCAUGAGGUUCUUGUGACUCUAACGCUCCGGGAACGAAUUUACGAAUAUAGUGAAUGGAGGAGACGACGAGCAGUUCCAGGCGCUGAGACACCCAUCAUGACUCAUCAUAUGUUCGAGGCAUUCUUGAAUGUGAUUCGUUACUUUCAUCUGAAUGACUAUGAACGUGCCAACCACAGCCAAGCCAACGACACCAAAAAGCCGAAGAGACCUCGGGACUGGAUUAGAUGGAAUUGGCUGAAUGAGACAUCAGGUCUUACACUAGAUGUAUUUUCCAAGCUACUUGCAGAGUUCUUCGCAAAUGGCAUUGAUUUGAAUUGGAUUCCGAACAAGAACCCAGCUAGCGUUUCUUGGAAAGGAAGCAAAACCAUCGACAAAGUCCCUUGGACUUGCUGGCAGACACUCUUGUGGGCCAUGCUGAUGUACGAAAUCCCUUGCGUUCAGAAGUAUGCGAAAGUCGUUGAUCUUCUCCUAAGACAGGGGGCCGAUCCUAACAUACAAAUCUCAGUUGUUGGGCCUCUUAAAUCGUUGAAGUUUGGUCGACCCGAGCCUCAUGAGGGUUGGUACUUACUGAUGCCGUACAUGAAAAGCAGAGAACUGGCAGAAUCUCUCGUGAGAUCCGGGCUCACAUGUGAUCAUGAUCUCGUAACACGACGAGACCUAGACUACAUACCGACAGCGCUCAUUCAAGAGUCCGCGCCGAUUUACCAAUGCGCGAAGGAUAGGGGCUGGCUAAUUAGCCUUCGCGACAUUCUCGCUCUGUGUUUUCCGCAGGAGGCGGGCUACUUCUCUGAUCUGCUCGAUAGCCUUGACAAUAAUGAAGACACGCCAGUCCAAAAGACCGAAAGCCCACCUCUCCCCUUGGACUACGUCGUCGGAUGUGACACAGGCGUUCUUGGGACUUCACGAGGUACGUGUGACUUUGGGAUAAUAGUGGAGGAGUUUCGGAUUCAAAACAGCAUCUCAAAUCCGUCUACUACGGUCGCCAGAGAGGUAAAGUUUUGGUGA